CUGAGACGUAAGCCCGUCUUGGCGCGGCCCGCUGCCGGCCUGCUCUCCGCGUGCUGCCGUCGUGUUGGGUUCUGGGUGCCGAUUCCACCCGCCCCGCCUCUUGAUCCGCGCGGCAUCCCGCCCCUCCCAUGCGUUAGAGUCGGCAAAUGGCGAAGCGAGGGAGGAACAGGUGGGUGUGCUGAGCUUCGGAGCUUUCUCCCACAAUGCUCCAACGGCUCCAAUCACCGCCCGCCUCGCACGAACGCCUGUCCGCCGUUCACAGUCCACACACACACACAAAUACGCACACGCAGAGGCACGCACGCACACUACACAAUGGAGCAAGGCGCCAAGCUGGGACGACAUCCUCUUCUUCCUGCUUCUUCUUCUGGCAAACUCGUCCGCGGCGGGUGCCAAGCUCUGCAGAGCUAACGGGUUCUUUUGGCCUCCGAGCUGACUCUGCUGCCUCGCACGUGGACGAACCCGUUUCCAGUUGAGCUAUGAAAGAAUGAAGGAGAGAGAGACGGGGAAAGGGGGGGGGCCGCUGACUGACGCGCGGGGGCGAGCGAGUACUAUAAGAUGCCAGCCGCGAUUCCGCUGUCUCAGUCGACUCCGGCCCAUGCUGGAGCACACGGCAGAAAACACCACUUCUCUCACCUCUGCCUUUGUUGCGAGUCUGCACUUGCCUUCAUCGCACGCUUCGCUAUCAUGAGGUUCCACGCGGUUCUGUUCGCUCUGGCCUCGUCGGCCGCGGCUGCGCCUCUCGCCGAUGCCACGACGACGAGCAUCGUCGAGCGACAGAGCCCCGAAGCCGUCACGGACCAGCUCCUCUUCAGCCUGUCGCUACCCCAAUUCACGGCUCGUCGCAACAAGAAGGAUCCGGCCACGCUGGACUGGUCCUCGGACGGAUGCACCAGCUCUCCCGAUAACCCCUUCGGCUUCCCCUUCCUGCCAGGCUGCCACCGCCACGACUUUGGCUACCAGAACUACCGCGCCCAGACCCGCUUCACCAAGGAUGCCAAGGCCAAGAUUGACCUCAACUUCAAGAACGACCUGUACUACCAAUGUCAAGGAGUGUCAGCCAAGGGUGCCUGCGAGUCCCUAGCUGACGUGUACUAUGCAGCGGUGCGCAAGUUUGGCGGCGGCGACGCUUCUAAGCGGGAGGAGCAGGAGGACGUUGACCGAUUGUAUGACGAGGCAGUCGCGAGAUACGAAAAGGCCGUCAAAGAGGCACAGGAAGAGGGCCUGCUGCCCGUCCUCGACUAAUCACGUCCUGGCAGCUAAACUGUCGUCGUUGGAGAAGGAUACGAUGGGUUUUGGUGAUUGGACAUGCCGACAUUUGGACAUUUGGCGCGAAUGUAUAUAGCAACAUAAAGAAAGUUGGUCAACCCAAG